AUGUCGCCUCAAAAAGGGAUCGCGCUCAUCACAGGAUCUGCCCAGGGCAUUGGUCACAGUAUCGCUCUGCGGCUUGCGAGGGAUGGCUUCGACAUUGCCUUGAACGACCUUCCUAUGAAAAGUGAGCAGCUGGCUGCUGUUGCUAGUGAAGUCGAGGCAUUGGGACGCAAAGCGUGUAUCAUGAUUGCGGAUGUGACAAUCGAAGAGGAAGUGAAGAACAUGAUCACUGACACCGUAAAAGAGUUGGGCGGAUUGGAUGUGAUGGUCGCCAACGCUGGCAUUCCAGGAGCCAACACUGUCUUGGAAACCACUGUUGAAGACUGGGAGCGCACGUUCACCGUUAAUACCCGUGGAGUCUUCCUGUGCUAUAAACAUGCCGCAGUACAGAUGAUAUCUCAGGGUCGCGGUGGCAGGAUUAUUGGCGCAAGUUCAAUUGCCGGAAAGAUUGGAUUUCCAUCAGCUGCUGCAUACUGCGCUAGCAAGUUCGCUGUCCGCGGAUUGACGCAGACUGCUGCUCUUGAGCUUGGAAAACAUAAUAUCACAGUCAACGCCUAUGCGCCGGGUGUCAUACAAACCCAGAUACUGGAUAGUAUUUCUGACCAAUCUGGAAAUGUCAGCCUGGCAGACGAAGAUUCGACGAAUUACCUUACUCAGCUAAUUGGGAACCGGCCGAUCAAACAUAAUGGUCAACCAGAGGAUAUCGCAAGCAUUGUCAGUUAUUUGGCAUCGAAAGAGGCGCAUUUCAUUACAGGGCAAUGCUCCAAAGGUGUCGCCCUCAUAACCGGUUCAGCACAAGGAAUCGGCCGUGCGAUAGCGAUCAGAUUAGCCCAAGACGGCUUUGAUUUAGCGCUCAAUGAUCUGCCCGGAAAGAAGGAAGCAUUGGAAGACUUCGCAGCCGAACUUCGGCGAGGCGGAGAAUCAGAGAGCUCACACCAUCCUAGAACAUGCAUUGUGACUUGCGAUGUCAGUAAAGAAGACGAGGUGAAGAGCAUGAUUGAUACUACAGUUGACGCUCUAGGGAGCUUGGACGUCAUGAUCGCGAAUGCCGGAAUUAGUGGCAUGGUAGAUCUCUUGAGUGGCACGUGGAUCGAUCGUGAACCAUACCUGGCACAGUACUUACUUUUUCAUGCAGAAACUCUAGAAGGCUGGGACCGCAUGAUGAAAAUCAACGGCACUUCUGCAUUCCUGUGCUAUAAAUACGCCGCAAUCCAGAUGGUGAAACAGGGACGUGGCGGCCGCAUCAUCGGUGCCAGCUCCAUGGUAGGAAUACAAGCUACGUCCCCUUUGAUGUCCUACAGUGCAAGUAAAUUUGCUGUUAGAGCUAUAACGCAAGCGGCUGCGCUGCAACUCGGACAAUACGGAAUCACGGUCAAUUCCUAUGCUCCGGGAAUCAUAGCGACACCCAUGGUUGUCGCAUCAAAGUCCCAAAUUGCAAAGCGAGGCGACAAGGUUGACUACUUCCAAAAGACGAUCGACACCUCUGCAGUCGGGUACAUCGGACAACCGGAAGAUGUUGCCAGCGCCGUUGCAUACCUCACUUCCAAGGAGGCCCAUUUCAUCACAGGCAAGUCUCCCAUCUCACAAGGGCUGUGUGCGAACUAA